AUGGCCUUCUUCACGACGACGCUGGAAUCAAGCGGAACGACCAGAUUAUUGGGAUUGCCGGAGAAGAGCAUCUACCCCGUUAAGGCUCCCGAGAAGACGCGCUUCUGGCGGUGCAAAUUGUCGAUGGAUCAUUUUAACGAGGGAUAUGAGAUGUUUGAGGUGCGAUGCAAGAGUGAACGGCGAGAUGUCGAUGGGCAACCUGUUUAUGAGAGAUGGCGCGGCCAGGAUUUUAUCUUGUUCGUCAAAGCGAGUCAAGCCGAACGGUUCAAGAACCGCCUGGGAUUUGUGCACAUACCCACUAAAAUCCAACGGUCCCUAGCACUGCAUAAUGGGCAGUGGUACAGUACGGUUUACCAGGCAGCCGGCCUGUAUUGCAAAGUGGGCGUCUUGGGCUCAAUCCCGCUGCCGAUGUGCGUGCGAGUGCCGGAAAAAUUGCUGUUGGACGCAUCCAGGGAGGUGUCGGUGGAGCUGGUCCGAGAGGUGGCCUCGAAGGUUGAUAGCGGUUGGAGAAAUGGGUGGACCAACCGUAGCGACGAAGAACGAGCCACAUUGGUCCGGAAUAUGAUUGCAUUUCUGCGCAAAAACAUUUGCACAAGCUGGAGGUGUGGGAGUCCGGUUGACGGCAACCCGUUGCAGCUGGCGAAGGAGAUCAUUCUACUCGUCUGGAAAUAUUCGGAGUGGUUCCUGGUCGAUAAUCAACAAACUCGAUCCUUCUACUGGACGCACUUCAUCCCGAUGUUGAUCCGAAUUGUGCAUUCCCAUGCCACUCACGCUAUUCUACCCUGCAACUGCAGCUGUGAUCAUUGGGACGUUGUCAGAAAGUUGCCAGGGAAUUAUAGGACUGUACUCGACGGCGACGCGUUCGUUGAGGCCAUUUUGGACAAAUACAAA